AUGCCACCAAAAUCGAAGAAUAAAAUUGCCGACGUUCCUGAGGCAUUCACCCCGGAGAGGUUCGAGAAAGAGCUCAAGAGUCUGGCAGCCAAGGCCAAGGGCGAGACUAAAGGCAAAUUCUUCAAGGAACAGGCCUCAACGUAUCUCAAGACCACCAUCCUGCUCUCUCUCGCCGCCGUCUACAGCAAUGUUUCGCAACUAGCCCUCUCUCCCGUCUACGGCUCUAUUCCGUCGUCGAUAUACCAUGCCAAGCUCGUCAUGGUGGCUUGCUUCUUUGGCUGGUCGGGUAACGUCUUCCUAGACCGCUCACUGCCAUUCAACUCAGCCAAGCUGUUGCCCGUUAUUGCUUUCUGGAUCCCAGCAGUCCAAUUCUAUUUGUACAAAACCAGUGCAACUAUGACAGCACACUGGGGCCCAUUGGUCAUUGAGGCUGUUACGCUACUUCCCUUGAUCUUGGUUUCCGUUAGUCGUGUGGCAACUGAGCUGGAGAGCGCAAACCUCUCCAAGUUGCCUAAGUUCCUUGCCGAUGCCGGUCCCGGCCUGGGAUCAUGGGGAUUCUUCAAGUUCAUGGAGAAACUGUCGGGAGAAUAUUUACAAAAGUAUAUCGGCAACUCAUUCUUCCAGACGAGGAUUGGCCUCGAGGCGCUAUUGGCUGCUGCAUACUCUAUUUACGCCCCCUCGAAGCUGCUCUUGUUUGCUAUCCCUGCCAUCUUGCAUACAGCUGUAUUCAACACCCAUGCCCUGACCCCUAUGGCUACCUCCUCACUUAAUAGCACCUUGCUGGCAGAUGACUGGUUCAUUUUGGAUCGCAAGGAGUCCAUCACUGGAUAUGUUUCUGUGCUUGAGAGCAUUAAAGAUGGUUAUCGGGUUCUCAGAUGCGACCACUCACUUCUCGGUGGUGAGUGGGUUAAGCACAAAGGGCCCAGGGUCGCGGAGCCCAUUUAUGGCGUGUUUGUCAUGCUCGAAGCUGUCCGUCUUGUCAAGACCAAGAACCCCGUGCCUGAUAGUAAGGCCAAGGCACUGAAUAUAAGGGACAGCGGCCUCGGUAUAGGCACCACUCCCGGAGCUCUAAUUGCUCACGGCAUCUCAACGACCAUUGUGGAGAUUGACCCCGCCGUGCACGAAUUUGCUUCGAAGUACUUUGACCUGCCCUCAAACCACACCCCCGUCAUUGCAGAUGCCGUGAGUUACACUGCCAGUCUCGUGGAAGACCCUAGCGCUAGAUAUGACUACAUUGUCCACGACGUUUUCACCGGAGGCGCCGAGCCCGUUCCUCUUUUCACUCUCGAGUUUCUGCAAGGUUUAAAUGCCCUUCUCAAACCAGACGGUGUCAUCGCCAUUAAUUACGCCGGAGAUUUCCUGCAUCCAGCGCCCAAGCUCGUUGUGGACACUAUCAAGCAAGUCUUCCCUUCAUGCCGAAUCUUCCGUGAGUCAGAGCACCCGAGCAAGAAGAAGCUCGAAGAGGAAGGACAGGAUUUCACCAACAUGGUUAUCUUCUGUAAAAAGACCAGUGGCAAGAUCUUCUUCAGAAAACCCACAGAAGAUGACUUCUUGGGUAGCCGUACCCGCCAAGUGUUCUUGCAGCCUCGACACGAGGUCCUUGACAAGCACUUUCUUGACGGUGACUUUGGUAUUUUGAGAAGCAAUGCCACCGAACAGCUGACCAAGUGGCAUGAAAAGAGUGCCCUGGGGCACUGGGAGGUUAUGCGAUUUGUAUUACCCGCUCAUAUCUGGGAGGAGUGGUGA